UCUGAGGGCCAGGCCUGUCUGCUGCCUCCGGGGGGUGCAUGGAGACCUGGAGGAAAGGCUCCUUCCGCAAUGCCUCCUUCUUCAAGCGGCUGAGCCUGGGGCGGCCCCGGCGGCUCCGGAGGCAGGGCAGCGUGCUCAGCCAGGCCAGCGCCGCGGGCGGCGACCACGAGGAGUACAGCAACCGCGAGGUCAUCCGCGAGCUGCGGGGGCGGCCGGAUGGCCGGCGUCUGCCCCUGUGGGGAGAUGAACACCCCCGGGCCACCCUGCUGGCCCCUCCCAAGCCCCCCCGUCUGUACCGAGAGAGCUCCAGCUGCCCCAACAUCCUGGAGCCCCCAGCCCCCUACGCGGCCGCCUACGCGGCCACCCUGCCCUCGGCGCUGUCCCUGGUGGGCCCCUUCCGCCAGUUCUCGGAGGAGGACCUCGCGGCCCCCCGCCCCUGCCCGGGGACGCCCGCGCCCGACCUCAGCGACCCCUUCUUCUCCUUCAAAGUGGACCUGGGGAUUUCGCUUUUGGAGGAAGUUCUGCAGAUGCUGCAGGAGCAGUUCCCCCGCGAGCCCCGCUGCUGA